AUGCGAGCGGCGUCAACGAGCAGCGCCGAGGUUACAGCAAAUUCUAACCUAGCAAGGCGCAGCACUGAACCACACGCUCAACUUCAGACCGUUUCCCAUCAUGGUGAAAAAACCACCUGUGAAGGGUCCGACGCAGACGCGGAGGGUGACGAUGAUCACGAAGUGGACACGACGGAAAUGGUCAGCAUGGGUCAACGGGAGAACGGGGACAAUACGGUCCCUACCUCAAAUAUACAGCCUCCGGAAGACACGUCUUCAGUGGCUGGCAAGGAUGUCAGCAUGGGUCAACAGGAGAACGGGGACAAUACGGUCCCUACCUCAGAUAUACAGCCUCCGGAAGACACAUCUUCGGUGGCUGGCAAGGAUGUGCCCACGGACGAGCAACCUGGUUUGCCGCGGAGUGAUAAUAUUGGAUCUGGUCUACUUCAGACUGAGAAUACUGGGCCCUCAACUGCAGGGGAUUGUGAGAUGAACGUCGAUCCGGAGCAAGCUGAUGUCGACCAUCAAAUGGAGGAUGGUCCACAUACCAAUGGUCCAGAAAAUUUGGGAGACGGCGGGGCUAGACAAGGAGCUGAAGGGUCUUCUGACGAGGCAAAUCGCAUAUCGGAAGUUCACGAGGGCGAAAAGCAGGGGCAAGAUGGAGAACGACCCGACGAGGAGAACCGAAUGUCAGAAGAUGGUGAGGAGGAAAGGCCAGACGACAGUUCGUCAGACAAUGAGACCGAGAAGCAGGGGCAAGGGGAUGUUCCACCAGUCCAGGAGGACAGAAUGUCGGUCGAUGGAGAGGGGGUAGGCCCAGAGCAAAACAAUGAUUCCUCAGACAUGGAGAGGAAUACAUUGGAAGACAGCCAAGGCGAAAAGGAGGGGGAGAACGCACCUCCUGCUCCUCUUAUUUUGAGGAUUCCUCCUGUUUCCCAGAUAAACAGGAGCAAAAACACCACGGCUGACUCCUCUCAGAAAGGGAAAGGGAAGGGCCGGCAGGGCCUUUCCAAGCGGCCUCCCAAACGCAAGCCGACGCAGGCUACCGACACAUUUGAUUCGGACGACGACCUGUGUAUUGAUGUCGAUCUGUACGACAGCAACACCACCCUUGAUGUCGUCAGCACUCCGGAGAAGGUGUAUGGCACCAAAGUUUGGUCCACCUACAACGGUCGUGGCCAACUUAAAAGUUUCUGCGUUGUUGCCCAUAGUCAAGCCGACGUGGAUCGUGUUGAAAGGGUUCUGGAAUUGGUCGAGAGUGACUACGUCGAUGGAGUUCCAUUGCACAUAGCACGUCCCGAAGAAUCAUGUUUUGCGGUAUUCGACCGCAGCACCACGAAAUCCAUGUAUCUGAUGGAGUCUUUCUCUGAAAGGAACGUCGUCCUUAUGUCUCCUUCUCAAGAGGAGUCUAUUUCAACUUGCUCCGACGAGUUCUACAGCCAGGUACGUCGCCAUAUGGGUGAUAUGACGAGUACCAGGUCAAUCCAAGAUAUGUCGACCAUGUCGUCUAACCCCAUCGAGAGGAUUAAGCGUGGGUCCCUCUCUCAGGUCAUGGAAGCAGCGAGGAUGAAAGGCAAAAGAGGAAAGAUCCUCAAUGCCCUCGACAUCCCUUUACCUCAUGCAGGCGCUCACUCUUUUGACUUGAGUACUGAGGCGGCUGCUCUUCGGGCUACAUCUGGUAGCUGGAAGUAUAGUACCCCCGUCCCAUUUGGUGAUAUGUCAUGGGGACUCGUAGCUACAGAGGGGGCAUUUUCAGAUAUCCAUAUCGAUGCCAAUGGUUUCUGUUCCUUCAUCCAACCUCUUCAUGGACUGAAGCUGUGGAUUAUCAUGUAUCCCAGACGGUUGGAUGUUGACCUUUCUUCUGACCGCCGUGUAUUUCUGGGAGACAAGCUGGAUUACGGGGAAACGCACAACCAAGACUGGAUUUACGAGGCAAUUGUUCUUGAUAACCAGUCAGAACUCUUCAUGAGACCGAAUACUCUACAUAUGGCGUAUUCUAUCUCCUCAGUGGUUUGCCGUGGCGGACAUUUUUACUCCUCCACUUCCUUCGAAGAAACCCUGACAGGAAUCAUUCACUAUUUUACCGCUGGAUACAGGGCAACGAAUACGAAUCAUUCAACGUCCCGAUUUUUCCUGCAGCAAACCAUACAUUGGUUCUACAAGGUUUUGGUUGAAGGUGACAGCGACCCAGAAGAUUUUUAUGAAAUGUACCAUGUCCCAUUCUACAGUAUGCAGUCCGGAUACUCGAGCUUGAUAGCUCUGUGCGUGUGCAUGAUCUUGGCAAAUGCGCUCGACUACGAGACCUAUCGAAAUCUGUUAGGAAUCGACUUAAGUCAAGAGAGAAGAAUGCCCAAAGACCAAGUUGAUAUCGAAGCUGGGGUCUGA